CAAUUUGUUAGGAUUUGGACUUCAAAUAAAAUAUUUUGUCAUGUUGAAGAAUGUAAAAGUAAAAUUAUCAAAUACAUUGAACACUAUUGUCCUUGUGAUAAUACAGAAGACUGGUAUAUUACUCCACUUCAAAAUAUUUCCACAUUGUUUGUUAAUUUAAGUGCAUACAAUACACAUUCAAAAACAAAUCAUAAAACAGGUGAUGUGUUUACAACUGAAAGUGUUUCAUUUGGUAGUACACAAAUAUCUUUAUACAAAACUGACAACAUCGUUAUUGGAAUUUCAACACCAAAAGUGGUUGAUAUUAAAAUAUUUUCAUUGACAAAAACGUUUCUAUUAAUUUCAGAAACAAAGUUGACUUAUGCGGGUGUUCAGUUCAACGCCGUACUAAACACAGAAAAUGGAUUUAUGAAAAUUAAAAUUGUUUUGCGUUGUACACAUAAAACAUACAACAAAACAUCUCAAACAUGUGAAGACCCGACCAUUUGUGAUGACAAAUAUUGUAAGUAUUGUCCUAUUAAUAAAAAUAUUUGCAUGUCUUGUAAAAGUCAAUUUAUAGUAGUCAACUCGGUGUGUAAAAAAAUCACUAAUUGUGAAUUUUCUAAAUCAAAUGCAUGUUUUAAGUGUUUAAUUGGUUAUUCAUUGCAGGGUAUUACUUGUGAAUACAAAGAAAAAUGCUUACUUAAUCAGUUGGAUGGGAAAUGCCAAAUAUGCAACAUAAAUAUUGGAUAUAUAAACAACGCUGGUGAGUGUGUAAAAAGUGAUAUUAACAGCAAUUUGAUAGCCGAGAACAACGAUGUUUCUUGUAAUAAAGGGUUUGUAUCCAAUUCAACAAAUUGUAUAAAAUGUGAUGAAAAGUACACAAAUCCAGAAUUGUGUGAAAAUGGAAAAAUAACAAAAUGUAACAGUUUAAGUAAAAUGAAUGCAAAUGGUAAAUGUGAAAUUACAGAUUGUGUAAUUCCAAACGAUGAAAAUGGUAAAUGCACAACAACUAUUGAUAAUUGUAAAUAUUUAUUAAAUGGGAAGUGUAAUGAAUGUGAAAAUGAAUUCAUAUUUACAAAUAACACAUGUCAGAAAAACAAAGAACAAAACUGUAUUUUACAAAACAGUUUUGGUUGUACUAGAUGUAACGAUACUUUUUACAUUGAUAAAUCAGCACACCAAUGUAAAAAAUGUGAUGACAGUUGUUUGACUUGUUUUGAGACAUCAACAAAAUGUCUUAGUUGUCCACAAAACACCUAUUUGUCAAAUUAUAAAUGCAACACAAACCACGACUUGAAAAUAAAAUGCAAACAAUUUGCAACAUUUGGGAGUGGUUGUAUUGUGUGCAACGAGGGGUAUUACCGUUUCGGACUUGAUUGUGUAAAAUGUGAUUCAAAGUGUUUUACUUGUAACACCAAAACUACCUGUUUAAUUUGCAAUUCAACAAAUUACAAAACAUCAAGUGGCGACUGUUUACCACAAAGUGAUAUCAUCGGAUGUGCUGUAAAUGUCACACAAAAUGGGUGUUCUAAGUGUCAAGAUGGGUAUUAUACAAGCAACACAAACGAGUGUCAAAAAUGUGAUGAAAACUGCUUUACAUGUUUAUUAAAUAAUAAAUGCACUUCUUGUAUUUCAAGUCUUGUGUUGUUUGGCAAUGGAAGUUGUGUUGGUCUUUUACAAAUAUCCAAGUGUAAUGAAAUAGUCAAUUCAAAGUGUACAAACUGUGCUUUUUGGUACAGUCCAAACGAGGAUGGGACUUAUUGUGAAACACAUAUUGUGUGGUGGGUGAUUAUUUUAGUGGUAAUACUUUCAAUUGUUAUACUUAUAUCAUUUAUUGUUAUAAUAAUAAUAAUUACAAAAAGUGUAUUUGAAAAAUUCCAACAGAAGACAUACGAGAAAACAACAACAAUAUUUAGAAUGAAAAGAUCCAAUGUUCAUUUCAUUUCGCUUCAAUAUGGGAUCUGUGUCUCAUCUCAAAUAAUUGAUUUUAACAAAGAUGUCGAAGAAAUUCCAGUGGAUUCAGGAAGUCGAGAAGUGUUUUGUGUUGGCAACACAAACAAAAAAGUUGUCAAAAUUCAAUUCACAGUUUCACAAAAUUCUGACAAAUUUGAUCUUAAAAUCCAACCAGAAGUUGUUUGUCUUAAAGGAGGUUCUGCAUGUGAAUUUGAAAUUGUAUUAAUUCCGUUUUGUACUUGUCAAAUCAGAAACACGAUUCAAAUUGUCUCAAAAUGCCUCAAAAGAGACAACGAGAAAUAUAAUACAAUAGAAGUUACAGGAGUGACACAACAAACUACACGGAUCGACUAUGACGAAUUAAAUGAAGAGAACAAAAUUGGAGAGGGUUCGUUCGGCGUUGUUUACAAGGGGUGUUAUAGAAAAUAUAUAGUUGCUAUCAAGAAAUUAAAAGAUAUAGAUGAUGACGAAAAGGGGAUUAAUGAAUUUGGAAAAGAAGUUGCGAUGUUGGACAAAUUUAGAAAUAACUAUAUCAUACAUUUUUAUGGUGCUGUUUUCAUUCCAAAUAAAAUUUGUUUAGUCACCGAAUUUGCAAAUUAUGGCAGUUUACAAGACUUGAUGAAACACAUAAAAUCUGAAGAAAUUGAGAUUAAGUUAAGAAUAAAAUUCAUGUUAGACGCUUCUAAAGGAAUUUUGUAUCUACAUACAAACGGGAUAUUACAUAGAGACAUUAAACCAGACAACAUUCUCGUCUUUUCAAUUGAACUGAAUGAUGGUGUCAAUGCAAAACUGACUGAUUUUGGAAGUAGUCGAAAUGUGAAUAUGAUGAUGACUAACAUGACAUUCACGAAAGGUAUUGGUACACCAGUGUACAUGGCACCCGAAGUGUUAAAACAGGAAAAGUACAAGAAACCGGCUGAUGUGUAUUCGCUCAGUGUUACUAUGUGUGAGUGUUUUAAAUGGGGAGAUGUCUAUGACAAAAAUAUUUUCAAAUUUCCAUGGAAAAUCGCAGAAUUUGUUAAUGAUGGAAAACGAAUUGAACAACCAAAACAAAUCAAAAACGAGUUAUUCGAUAUCAUCACAAAGUGUUGGUGCCAAAACCCCAAUGAACGACUUGCAAUUGUCGAUAUUUCAUUGUUAUUGGAAAAAGUUAACGAUUUAAUUUGA